GCAGAGCUACAGGAAGGAAUGCUGGGAAUACUGGAAAAUCUGGAAUACUGUCACUUACACCAGCAGCUGACGCCACAAACGGAAAAAGAGUUUUAGAAAAGAAAAUCCCGGCUUAAAUUGAAAGUAACUUUGAGGGAUCUUUCUGGGGGAAAGAGAGGCGCCAUCACGUGUCUACCUGCUGUGGUUUCAGCUUCACUCAGAGGAAAAUGGCUUCUGGGUCAGAGGAGGACUUCUGCUGUCCUGCCUGCCAUGAUAUCUUUAAAGACCCUGUCCUCCUGUCAUGUAGCCACAGCUUCUGUAAAGCCUGUCUGCAGAGCUGGUGGAACGGGAAACAACUCAACGAGUGUCCACUCUGUCGGACUGUGUCUCAGUGGAGUGAUCCACCUCGUAACUUGGCAUUAAAGAACCUAAUCACCAGGACUGUAGGAGACCAUGUCCUUCAGCUUGUUCGCAGUGUUGAAGGUCAGGUUGCCCAAAUGGAUUAUGGCUCCGUCUAUCCAGAGGCUCCUGAGAGAGCUGUGGGUCCUCCAGCAGUGGGGCCGCUCCUGGAACUCUUUGCCUGGGAUGUUGAGGUUGGAGACAACAAAGACUGGGAACUGGGAGUGUUAACAGAGUCUGUUGGUAGGCAGGGAUUCGUGGGGUCUACAGUAUGGAGUGUAGACUUCAGCAGUGUUGGAUACAGAGCGUUCUCCCCAACAAACAAAUACACCAAUGUGGCAGUCAGAGAGAAGCUCCAGAGGAUAAGAGUUCAUCUGGACUGGGAUAAAGGAAAGCUGAGAUUUUCUGAUCCUGACACUAAUACACACAUACACACCUUCACACACACUUUCACUGAGAAAUUGUGCCCAUUCCUUUGCACCAGGAAUGCCCUCCCUCUGAAAAUACUGCCUGUAAAGGUCUGUGUAACAGUGGAGGGUUAGAAAUCAGUUAGACAUCAAGAUGAAAAUGAUUGUUAGAUAUCAUGCAACUUUUAUUUCUAAUGUUUUUCAGCUUCUAAGAUCACAGUUAUGCAUCAAGUAUGUGAGGAUAUAUACGGUUAAUAACAGGAAAUUGUGUGUUUCUAUUCUGCAGUAUACAAAGUCUCUGCAUAUUCAUCGAACACAGACUAAAGUUUUGUUCUGGAGUCAUUGGUAUAUCAAAAAUGCCCCAUAAUGCUUUGUGCCUUGUUGUUUUCUUAGAAACUGGUCAGGGGACAUUUUCUACAUGUACAAUGCACUGAGGGAGUAGCAGCCGCCCACACUGAACUACCAUCAUUAAUGGCCAAAAACACCUCUUAGUAUAAUGCAACAGUUCAACAGCACCACAAACUAACAGCUUCCAAAAAUAUUUUUGAAACAUUUUAUUUUUUGUAUGAUUUAUUCGCUGCUUAUGAAAUGAUUUCUAGUUUGGGUAAAAUUGUUGUUAUUUAAUGUCUUCUUUAGUGCUUCAAUUUUAUGUACCAUAUGUAUUUAAUCAGUUAUUGGCAGUUGAUUUGCCUCCGGUGUUUGUGAUUUGAUUUUUACUGUUUUUAUUGUUAGUGGUUGUAGCCUGUGGCUCCAGUAUAAUAAUGUUGUUGUUGCACAUUGUAAGACUAAUGCCAGAUGAAGUUCAGAUUGUUUUUAUUUCAAUAAA